AGAACACAAGCUUUAAAGUAAGUGAAUCAUGUGUGCCUCAUUUAUUUUUAAAAGCAACUUCUGAGAAGGGCUUAGAACAAAUUUUUUUCCCUGAGUGCCAUUUCCCAAAGGUACUCACAGAACAAUAAGGUGUGACCAUAAUGGCUGCACUAAAUUGUCUCUUGGACAGUGUCAGAAGGGACAUAAAGAAGGUGGACAGAGAACUAAGGCAACUGAGAUGCAUUGACGAAUUUAGCACACGGUGCCUGUGCGACUUAUAUAUGCACCCCUAUUGCUGCUGUGACUUGCACCCAUAUCCGUACUGCUUGUGCUAUUCCAAGAGAUCACGCUCUUGCGGCUUGUGUGAUCUCUACCCAUGUUGCCUGUGUGAUUAUAAGCUUUACUGUCUGCGACCAUCUCUCAGAAGUUUGGAGAGGAAAGCCAUCAGAGCCAUAGAAGAUGAGAAGCGAGAGCUUGCCAAACUGAGAAGAACAACAAAUAGAAUUCUGGCUUCCUCCUGCUGUAGCAGUAACAUUUUAGGAUCGGUGAAUGUAUGCGGUUUUGAACCUGAUCAAGUCAAAGUUCGAGUGAAGGAUGGAAAGGUAUGUGUGUCGGCUGAGCGGGAGAACAGGUACGACUGCCUCGGAUCGAAAAAGUACAGCUACAUGAACAUCUGCAAAGAGUUCAGCUUGCCGCCCUGUGUGGAUGAGAAGGAUGUAACAUACUCCUACGGGCUCGGCAGUUGUGUCAAGAUCGAGUCUCCUUGCUACCCUUGCACUUCUCCUUGCAACCCUUGCAACCCCUGCAACCCGUGCAGCCCCUGCAACCCCUGCAGCCCCUGCAGCCCCUGCAACCCAUGUGACCCUUGCAACCCGUGUUAUUCCUGUGGAAGCCGAUUUUCCUGUAGGAAGAUGAUUUUGUAAAGUGCGCAUAGGAACCCAUUACUUAAUAGAAGUCAGUUACUCCAGCCAGGCAGCUCUCCCAGUGUUUCUCCUCUCCUUCCCAUGGCCCCUGUUGUUCAAGUACAUAGGAAACUGAAUACAUAACUGCAAUCUG